GGCUCGCGGACCAAUCGCGGCAGGGCUCUGCGCUGCCCAGCCAAUGAGCGGGCUGCUUCGCCGGGCCCGGACUUCCUCGUCCUCCUGCCUGCGGUUGCUCAUAUAGAAAGAACCGCCGCCACGCAGGACGUGGCGGGCAGGUGAUCGCGCAGCCAUGGCCGCUCCUGGUUCCCUCCUGUGGGCCGUUGACAUCUUCGGCAGAGUCUACACCCUUUCGACAGCUGGCCAGUACUGGGAGCUCUGUAAGGACGGGCAGCUGGAGUUCAAGCGGGUGUCCGCCGUCAAAGAGUGCUGCUGGGGAAUUGCCUGCGACCAUCAAGUCUAUGUUUACAUCCACUCCAGCGACGUCCCAAUCAGGUACCAGGAGGAAACCUACGAGAAUCAGCGCUGGAAUCCGGUGGUUGGCUUUUGUGAGAAAUUGUUGCCCAGUGACCGAUGGCAAUGGAGUGAUGUGAGCGGAUUGAAGCACCAGCAGCUGGAAAGCUUUAUGCUGCUGUCACCUCACUGGGAGUGGGAGUCUGACUGGUAUGUGGAUGAAAAUUUUGGAGGGGACCCCACAGAGAAAGGGGGCUGGACGUAUGCCAUGGACUUCCCAGCCACCUACACCAAAGACAAAAGAUGGAACUCCUGUGUGCGGCGCAGAAGGUGGAUUCGGUACAGGAGAUACAAAUCGCGGGAUACCUGGGCAAAGAUUCCAUCCCAGGAGGACCCCAAGCAGCUGCCAGACCCUUUCAGCGAUCUCUCCGUUGGAGGAUGGGAGAUUACCGAUGAACCUGUGGGGCGUUUAUCCGUCUGGGCCGUCUCUUUACAAGGAAAGGUCUGGUACAGGACGGACGUGUGUCACCACAAUCCAGAAGGUUCUUCCUGGUCCUGCAUAGCAACACCUGGUGAAGCUGUUCAGAUCAGCUGUGGGCCAUACGACCUCCUUUGGGCAACCCUUUGGGAAGGCCAAGCCAUUGUGAGGGAAGGGAUUGACAGGAAUAGUCCCCAAGGAAUUUCUUGGACAGUCAUAGAACCUCCGGUCCCUGAGAAUGGAAUCUUGCAUGUUUCCGUGGGCGUGAAUGUGGUCUGGGCCGUUACCAAAGACAGAAAAGUCUGGUUCAGAAGAGGUGUGAACUCGCACAAUCCAUGUGGCACCAGCUGGAUCGAGAUGGUUGGCGAAAUGAUGAUGGUGAACGUGGGGCUAAAUGACCAAGUCUGGGGCAUCAGCUGUGAAGACAGAGCUGUGUAUUUCCGGCAGGGCAUCACACCAAGUGAGCUCAGUGGGAAAACGUGGAAGGCUGUCGUCUGCAGCAGGGACAGCGACCGUUCUCAGACGGGAAGCUCCACAAGUCUCCUCAGCGCUGGCUGCUUCUUCACGGAUGACAUCAAGGAACAAACCACCUCUGUCUCCCGGAAUGAUGGAGACCUCCCAUCGGAUCCUGAGGCGCCUCUGGCUCUAGCCGAUGUUUGCCUUCCAGAACCCGGUGCUGGUGAUGACUGUAACCAGGCCGGCCAGCCAGCAGAAUCAAAUGCAGCCCUGGUUGUGGAUCCUGUGCUCCGCACUCCCGAAGAAGCCCCCUCUGCUUUGGAUCAGGGACUUGAAGGUGUCCCAGAAAAGCCUUCCUCGGAUCCCGAUUCCCACCCCGCUGAACUACAGUGGACUAAUAUUGAUCUGAAAGAGGCAAACAAAGCCGCUCUACUCCCCACUAACACCUACGCGGAGACGUCCAGCCUCUCCUCUUUCGGCAUGUUAUCCGUCGGCGCCGAGGAUCAUUAUGGCGCUGACGAGCAUCCGUUGUGGGCCUGGGUCUCUGGCGGUGGUUGCCUCAUGGAUUCACAUUUCUCACUGAAGUGGUUCACAGUACAGUCGGCCUUGUCCUCUUCUGGUCAGUCCCUCUCUCUGUCCAUCACCCCGGCGCAGACGGCCGCAUGGCGCAAGCAGAUCUUCCAGCAGCUCUCUGAGCGAACCCGGCGGGAGCUGGAGAACUUCCGGCACUACGAACAGGCUGUCGAGCAGUCCGUCUGGGUCAAAACGGGGACAUUGCAGUGGUGGAGGAACUGGAAGCCGUACAAGUGGGUGGACGUGCGGGUGGCCCUGGAGCAGUUCACGGGGAUUGACGGCACGCGCGACAGCAUCCUCUUUAUCUACUACAUGCACUGCGAGGAGAAGAAGUAUAUCCACGUGUUCCUCAACGAAAUCACCAUUCUGGUUGAGAUCCUGAACGAAGCCAAGCACUCCUUCGCUCUGUAUACCCCUGAAAAGACGAAGCAGCGAUGGCCCAUCCGCCUGGCCGCCACCACCGAACAAGAAAUGCACGACUGGCUGGCUCUACUGAGCACAUCCUGCUGCGAGAGCCGCCGGAUCGGGGGUCCUCCCACCCAUCAGGCCAUCUGGUCUCUGACCUGCAAAGGCGACAUCUUCGUGAGCGAGCCCAGGCCGGACUUGGAGGCUCCCAGCCACCCGAUGCCCUGUGACCAAAUGUUCUGGCGCCAGAUGGGAGGGCAUCUCCGCUUGGUCGAAUGCAACAGCCGGGGAGUCGUGUGGGGCGUAGGGUAUGACCACACGGCCUGGGUUUACACCGGGGGAUACGGAGGAGGCUUUUUCUCAGGUUUGGCGAGUAGCACGGAUAACGUUUAUGCCCAGUCGGAUGUGAAGUGUGUCUAUAUUUACGAGAAUCAGCGGUGGAACCCUGUCACAGGGUACAGCAGCAGGGGUCUGCCCACAGACAGGUACAUGUGGAGUGAUGCAUCCGGCUUGCAGGAGUGCACGAAAGCACACACCAAACCGCCCUCGCCCCAGUGGUCGUGGGUGUCCGACUGGUACAUCGAUUUUAGCGUUUCGGGAGGCACGGAUCGGGAAGGCUGGCAGUACGCAGCUGACUUUCCAGCGUCUUAUCACGGCAACAAAACAAUGAAGGACUUUGUGAGGCGUCGGCGCUGGGCCAGGAAAUGUAAAAUGGUCACCACUGGGCCAUGGCUGGAAGUCCCUCCGAUAGCCUUGUGGGACGUCUCCAUAACCCCUGGAUUGCCGGCUACUGAAGAAGAAUUUGUUCCUCUGUGGGCCAUCAGCGACAAAGGGGACGUGCUCUGCAGACUAAACAUCACUCCCCAAAACCCAGCUGGAACCUCUUGGUUGCAUGUGGGGACAGACCAGCCCUUCAUCUCGGUCUCCAUAGGAGCGUUUCAUCAGGUGUGGGCUGUUGCUCGAGAUGGCUCUUCCUUCUACCGUGGAUCAGUGUCUCCUAAUAAACCUGAAGGUGAAUGCUGGUACCACAUCCCUUCCCCUCCAAAGCAGAAGCUGAAGCAGGUUUCAGUGGGGCGAACCUCUGUGUUUGUGGUGGAUAAAAAUGGUAAUCUGUGGUAUCGUCAGGGAAUCACACCCAGUUACCCUCAAGGAUCCAGCUGGGACCACAUUUCAAACAACGUCCGCAAAGUCUCCGUUGGCCCUUUGGACCAGGUCUGGGUGAUUGCUGACAAAGUGCAGGGAAGCCACAGCCUGAGCUGCGGAACGGUCUGUCAUCGGACGGGUGUCCAGCCAAUGGAGCCGAAGGGGCUGUCCUGGGACUACGGGAUUGGGGGUGGUUGGGAACAUGUGACAGUAAGAGGGAAUGCAGCCGAAAACUCCAGGACCGUAUCGCAGGAGCCUUUGGCGGAGCACCCAGCCAGAUCCAACGAAUCGGAAGCCGGAGAGAGCGAAGGAAGAAGAGACCCUCCUCAGAUCACUGUCUUUGUGGACGAAGCUCAAGACCAGGACCGAAAUGCCGUCCCGUGUUAAUGCCUCCGUUCUCUGGACACAGCAUGAUUUUACCUGCCCGCCUUCCACUGGCUCCACCCACCCCAGGAAAUGUCAAGGUAUGGUGGGGACUGUACAGCGCACCCGGCUGGACACCUGUGCGAAGGGGAGAGGAGAAGAUCUCCUUUUGCGGGCGCUCACUGUGCAACCCCCACAUCCUCGGCAUCCGUUCGUCUCGGUGCGGAUUGGUGGGUGGUCCGGGAUGGUGUCGCACAGUUCCCAUUGGAGCGGCCGGAGGCUGUGCCCCUCUGGUGCUUGGGGGAGCAGACCUGAAGUGUGGGGUUUGUAGAACUGGAAUUUUCUACGUGAAUGGUUUUCUUCUAAAAGAAAAAGCAAGAGCCCUUUAAUUUAUUCUUGAAGUAAUAUAUUUAUUAGCCGCAGCGCUCCUGAAUAGCCUGCAAAGACAUCCGGUCCGUCCACGUAAGCGAAACCUUUGUACGCAGCUGCUCUUUAAAUGUGCAUGAAUGUAAAUCGGGUCUCUUGGAACUUGGGUUCUUUGAAUACUCUUCUGUUUGUUUCCCCCCUAAAUCCCUCCUUUUGGCUAUACAGUGUCCCCUAACACAUACAGUGGUGAUGCUGCCACUGAAUUCUGCGGAGCUGCUUUGUGAGAAGAGGGUCCUGACAAGGUAAUCUGCUAUGGCAGGGGGUCCCGAUCUCAUCGUACUACAACUCCCUUCACACCCGCCACAGUGUUCUGGCAGGGGAUGGUGGGCAUUGUAGUCCGACAACAUCUGGAGAACCACGGUUGGCCCCCCCAGUGCUACAGGGUGGUUUGUUGAAACUGAGCCAGGCUGAGCCCCUGGUUUUUUGGUUUUGUUUUUGAUGGGAUCCCCCCCCCCCCCGCUUUUCAUUUUUCAUAGUGUCCAUGAAUUCUGCUCUAAAAUAGGAGCAAACCACUGACAUUUAAGCAUAGAUGGGCCUUGAACUGCAGCGCUGGUUAGUUACUGGGUGCCCAGCCCAGCUCUGCCCAUGAUCGUCACCAGCAAACAUGUGAAAGCUUUUAGCAACCCCAGAUGGCUAGAACUGGGAUUUAGAAUCAAUUUCCAAUGACAUCCAUCACAUUGCAGCAGGCAUGGAGAAACUUGGGGUCUCCACCAGCAGUGUUCCCUCUAAGAGGGAUUUCCAGAUGUUGUUGACUACACCUCCCAUAAUCCCCAGCUAAGGGCUGCUGCAAUUGAGGCAGACAGGAGUUGUAGUCAACAGCAUCCAUGAGUCCUUCUUACAGGGAGCACUUGUUCUUUAUCUUCCCUCCCCCCUUACCCCUCAAAUGCACUUUAAAUGAGACACAUUAGUGGAGGAGAAAAUGAGUCAGAGGGUUUCUUCCGAUGCAAACAAUCAGCUGUGAUUGAGGUGCUGCAUGCACAAACCAGGUGCCUGUCACGGCUCGAUACUCGUACUAAAGGCUGAUCCUUCACAGAGCUGGGACCUCUUGAGAGGUCAAGAAUUCUACUGGUGCAGUAGAAUCUGCCUGCAAGAUCUGGCACAGAGCUUCGCACUCGAAAUGCCCCAACUCGAAACAGGCCGUUCCAAGUGUUUCGUGCUCGAAACAGAAUGCCUUUCAAAUGAAGGUUCUGUUUCGAGCUUGGCACAGAAUGAUCCCGUUCUGAGUCAGAAUGUUUCGAGGGUUCUGAGUGCCUUUUGGGCGGGCUGCCCCCCCCCCCCGCCCCAUUCUGGCUAGUUUUGGCACUGGCUCGUGACCUCCUUGCUUCUUGGUUGGCUCGUUAUCUUACAAUUUGUAUGACAAUAAGCCAACCAUGAAGCAAGGAGACCGCAAGCGAAUCAGAAGCCAGUGCCGAGCAAGGGCAAACCAGCCUGCCAAAAAGGCAUUCCGAGCACUUGAAACAUAUCAAGUUCCUUCUCUCAGAACUGGCUUGGCAGGUUGUUCCAACAGAACGUUCCAGGUAUUUGUGUUCCGUUCUGAGUUUGGAACGGAAUGCAAAUCCCAUUCCCUUCCAAAUCCCAUUUUACGGAGUUGGAGAUGGAAGGUAUUGUCAGCAGUUGCUCAAGCAACAUCCAGACUCUUUCUUCCAGUGUGCGGAAAGGGGCGCAACUGUGUGGAUGCCACUUGUGAAACCGCUGGGGGCCACGGCAGCGCCAGCACCGAGGUCUUCUGACCCAGUUAUACUGGCGCGUCAUAGGAGCCUUCAGAAGCUGUCCAUGUUCCCCCAUGGUAACUAUUUUACGAAUUACCCCACAGUUUUCAGAGUUGCAUUUCACUAAUCAUAAUAUAAUAGUCACAAUUGUAGCUAUUAUGUUAUAGGCUAAUUAUAGCCAGGGAUUUACAGCGUGUUAGGUGUAUCUAUCUGGUUUAUAAUAAUUCUAAUGAGUUUCAGUUCAUUGUAUCUGUACUAUAUCCUGUGCUGGUCUUUGACUGUAAUGAAGUUGGUUGAUUGAUUGGUUCCCCCAUGGUGUAGAAUCCGAUGGGGUGAACAUCUGCCUCUCCUGGACUACCAAAGCCGUAAAAUGCACAUUUCUGAGUGCAGAGUUUGAUUCUGGAGUAAUUCUGGGAUAUUGUACGGUGAAACCCUCCCUGGACUGUACCAAAUAAAUGAAAAAUACAGGAGGGGUGUAUGUGUGUGAGGGAGAAAGAAUGAAUGAUAUAGCACAAGGGUUCCCAGCCUGAGAUCCUCCAGCCGUUGCUGAACGACAAAUCCAGUUAUUCCCCAGCCACGUUAGUGGAGUUGUUGUUCAACAUCUGGAGGAUCUCAGGUUGGGAACCCUGGAUACAGCAUGUUUGAAAACUGCAGGGAGAAAAAGAAGCCAUCUCUCUCUCUCUCUCUCUAGCAUGCUUGCUUUCCAUAAUUGGGCGUGUUUUAUGGGAGGAAGCAGUUGCAGAUGGAGUUGUCCACCCCCAUGAUCCUUUUCACCGUAUAGUUGAGCACUUUUAGCCCAAUCAGAAGUGUGUUAUCAAGGCCUGCAGGCGAACAUCCCGACUCACACAGCCCUGGAGCGACAGGGGAGGGGUGACGUUUGCCAAUCUCCCCUCCCCUCUGAAGCCCGCUGUGCCUCCCGGAAAUAUGUCCCCAGGGCUCGGAUGACAUCUUUCCAUGACUGUCCUGUGCGGACAUUUUCUCUAGCGAUGUAAAUAGCACUGUGUGGCAUGGGUUAGAGCAAUUCUGUAUUUGCAGCCAAUCUGUUUCACGUUUGCAUGUAGUUAUCUUUUAGAGCUUUAUAUGUGCAAGCGUAUUUGAUGCCAAGCCAACCCAAGAUUCACAAAGGGGGGAAAUUGAGAAUUUUCUUUUUUAUAAAACGUGCUCCUUCCAGAUAACUUUUGUUCAGUUUUGGAACAAUGUUCGGGUUUGCUUUAGUUUUGUGGGAGGGUUUGCAUUAAUUUAUAAUGGAGGGAGGAACCCGAAAUAACCUUUUGCUGUAUUUAUUCCUGUGGUUGUACAGAAAAGCCUAUGGCAAUCACACAUGAGUGUUUGGUCUGUUUUAAUGUCCUCUUGUUAUUAUAUACCCUUCUUUCUCUUCCCUGCAAAAAACAAAAACUCACGUGAUUCUCCCCCCUUCAAAUACUGGGAGCAAAGUUUUUCCAAUGCACCUCCCCAUCUGAAGUCAGUGGGGCUACAGGAGAACACACUCUCUGAUGUAGAAUAACCUCUACUGUAUCAAUAAAAUGAAUGUAACCUGG